AUGAAGAUCACUCUAUCCCAACUCCUUGCAUUGGCUGCUACAGCCAACUGCGCUGCAGUCGGCCUCGAGGCUAGAGAUACCCCUCUUGAUGUCAAGCUUACUUCUCUCGGAAACUCCAAGGUCAAGGCCGUUGUCACCAACAAUGGCGAUGCCAGUUACAACCUCUUCUACAAGGGUACUUUCCUCGAUACUGAGGCCCCAGUUGACAAGUUCCAUGUUUCCACAGCCGAAACCAAGGCUCCUUUCACCGGUAUCAUGCAACGCCUUGCUUACACUCAGCUCAGCGAGGAUGUCUUCAAGCCUAUCAUGGCUGGUCAAUCCAUUGAGGUUGAGGUUGAACUCGCCGAGUUGUACGAGCUCUCCUCCAGCGGAAAGUACGACGUCCUUGCUGCUGGAGCUAUCCCCUACGCUCAGCUCAACUCCACUGCUUUGACUGGAAGUGCCCUUGCUUUCUCCAGCAACAAGCUCUCUGUUGACGUCGACGCUGCUGAGACAGCCAAGAUUGAGAGUGCUGUCAGCAAGCUCUCGAAGCGCACCACCAUUCAGAGCGACUGCAGUGGCUCUCGUCUGAGCGCUGUACGCACUGCUCUCAGCAACUGCCAGAGAUUGGCAACCACUGCUGCCUCUGCUGCCACCUCCGGCUCCGCUAGCAAGUUCCAGGAGUACUUCAAGACGACUUCGUCGAGCGUCCGCAGCACUGUUGCUGCACGCUUGAGAGCCGUCGCUGCCGAUUGUGGCUCAACUUCCAGCGGCAGAACUCGCACUUACUGCACUGAUAUUUACGGCGGUUGCUCAUCUGGUGUGCUCGCUUACACCCUCCCAUCGAACAACUACAUUGCCUACUGUCCCCUCUUUUUCAGCGAUCUCCCUGGACUGAGCGGUCGGUGCCACGCUCAGGACCAGGCCACCACCGUUUUGCACGAGGAGACCCACGCUCCUGGCGUCUACAGCCCCGGUACUGAGGACAACGGUUAUGGCUACAGCGCUGCCACCAGUCUCUCGAGCUAUGAUGCAGUCCUCAACGCUGACUCUUACGCUCUUUACGCCAACGCUAUCUACGCUGGAUGUUAG